AUGGGCCUGGAGAUACAAGAGGUGUGUCGAAUUUGCAGCAACUUAGAUUCCUUGGUUGCCGUAGGGACGCUUCUAAUAUACGGCUUAGAAGGUCUUCAGUUUGGCUUUGAGGGAAUUGCCCUGGAUGAAGACGGCUGGAAAUGGCUAGAUCCAUGGUUCUUGGAUACUUGCAUUGGUGCCAGUGCUAGCACCCAUGUUCGAGCCCUUUCCCAACUUCUACGACACAGAUACUUUGUGGCUACAUAUAGGAAGGCUACGCUUGGUACAUUGGAUACCCUCUUCAAAUCAUUGGGUGCAAAACCAACUCCAGUUUACAGGGUUCGGUUGUACGCUGUGCCGAGCGAUGUUGAUGGAGCACGGUUUGUGAAACUGUGGAGAAGCAGGUUGACGCUGGAAACACGUUUGGCCAAGAUUUAUAAGUCAAACUGGCUGGUUUUACGAGAAGUGGUUGACUUUUCGGCUGGUUCUUGGGAGAAUGGCUCGGUGCUGGGUAUCUCAGUCAUGGUUCCCUUGAUAGGACUGAAACCUGCUGGAAAGAAGCCUGAAACAGGCUCUUCGGAAUCUUUUCAUAUCCAGAGAUGGCUAGAAGGGUCGUCAUAUUUGGUUCCACUGCAUUCGACUGUUCAUUCUUUGGAAACAGUGGUGAAGCGAACGUACGAUAGUAUAUCGCCACCAGAUCUUUCAAAAUACAAAGAUAAGAACUUCCAGCCACCACUAGAUAUACCAUCGGGAGAAGAGAUAAUAAAGGGCCUCGUUAAUUGCUACUAUACCAAUCAAUCCCCUAUUAAUGGAGUAUCUUCUGUCUUAUACCCUUUCCAGCUCAACUCGGUGUGCAAGAUGUACGAAAAGGAACUGGUUCCAAAACGAGAAAUCCUACCGAACUAUACAAAAGUUACUUCUCCGUGUGGUUACAGCUACUAUGUUGAUAUCUUCUUUUUGGACUUUCACAGACUACCAGAUUCAUUCCUUCUUCCGAAAGGCGGCAUCCUAGCUGAAAAUAUGGGUCUCGGCAAGACAUUGAUCUGUCUUUCAUUGGUAUGUUUGACCAAGCAUCAAUUUUCUACCAUACCAGAAGAUGCUAUUCUACAUGAUGACCAGAGUAUGGAAGGCACUGUCAAUGAAAAGCCCAUAGAGCUUCCCGGUACGUUGAAGUCGCUCUGGGAAAUCUGUAGGGAGACAAUCUCUCAAAAGUCACUUCCCUGGAAAUUUUAUAAAGAUGAUCUCCCUUCAUCGGUUGUUGAGAAGCUUUCUUACCGUCCUGGCUUUUUCAAGCUUCCGUUACAUAUUGCCGAGAAUCAUCUUGGGGUUCGUGCCCGUCACUCAUUGAUGCAAGAUGGUCGCUUUCGUGUACUCUACCUUUGCAAUACCACCUUGGUUAUAGUACCCGAGAACCUUUUCCAUCAGUGGCAUGGUGAAAUGACGAAGCAUCUUGAACCAAAUUACCUCAAGUCUCUCUUCAUCUCAGAUCGCUUCCAAGAACACCUUAAGACGGAUAGUUCCGUUUACUCGAACUUACUUCCAUCUUCACCACGCGAGUUGAUCCAAUAUGAUCUUGUUGUCAUGACUAUUUCGCUGUUCCAAAAGAGGAUUCGGCCUGAUGAUAGUAUCCUUAAAGCGAUCCAUUGGAAAAGACUCAUUAUAGAUGAAGGGCACUCAAUGGGCUCGAAAUCCACUAGUCUCAGCUCCGACUGUAAAUCAUUACUGUGUGAAAGAAUAUGGGCAGUGACUGGUACGCCUACCUCUGGCUUGACGAAUCUACAUAUGAAUGAAGAAGAGCCUGUCACUUCAAGCCCCAGCAAGAAGAGGAAGUACACUGUUAAAAGCAGUUUUAGCGUAAAGGACGAUCUUACUAGAGUUGGCAACCUUGUCUCGAGUUUCUUCAAAAUUGAACCUUACUUCAGCCAGCCUCGGCUCUGGAGCUCUACAAUUGUACGAUACUUGACUUCAGAGAACUUCAACACCGAAACAAGCUUGAGGAAUCUCUUGAAUAUAUUGCUAGUGCGGCACAACUUGACUGAGGUCGAAAGGGAUUUAAAACUACCACAACUACAUCAUGAAGCCGUCUUUAUAAACCCAUCUUACCAGAAUAAGCUAGCUAUAAACCUUUUUACCGCAGUUCUUGCAGUCAACGCCGUAUCUUCUGAAAGGGAAGGCUCUGACUAUAUGUUCGAUGCUUCCAAUCAUCAAGAACUCCGGAAAUUGGUGAACAACCUUCAGCUCGCUACGUUUUACUGGACGGGUUUCAAACAACAAGACGUCGAAACCUUAUUACGGAUCGCAAAACAUGGAUUAAAGAAACAAAACAAGGAUGGUGGUCCAUAUCAUUCUACCUACGACAGACGAUUACUUUACAAUUCCAUUAAAGCAUCCUCAGAAGCAUUAGAGAAUCAAAGUUGGAGAACAGCAGCUGCUCUUCAUGAGAUGUUGUACUAUGUUGAAGGCGUUCCAAAUUCAUUCGUCAAGCAUUUUGGCAUGGUGUUGGACCAAUCGAUGUCGCUUUUCGGGGCACCGCAUCUAUCAGCUCUCCAGAAGUUCUAUUACAAGAACAGGUUUCUUAAUAUGAACGACACCGAAAAGUUGGAAAUGAAAUUACAUGAAGCCUCAGGCCCAUUUUGGGAAAGAUACUGGAUGGAAGCGGAACAAAAGGAGGGAAACUCACGAAAGCGACAUCCUGGUAGUCCAGACAGUAAGGCUGUGGCCGGCACGAACUUGCUGGAUUCCAAAGUCGACCCCGAGGUUGAUCUUUUGAGAAGCAAGCAGAACAUAGCCAGUGCCCGCUCUAUCCGUUCGGCUUCUAGCAUCCCAGAGAACAAUUCGUACGAAAGGGUGUGCAAUAUCAAGAACGCUAACAUUCGUGGAACGGCAUCUUCCAAGCUCUCAUACCUCGCAACAAAGCUCGUGGAGAAUCAAAGAGCCGGUCUCAAGUCGAUUGUUUUCUUCGAGUACGAGGACUCUGCUUACUACCUUUCCGAAUUUCUAGACAUUAUUGGCGUGAAGUAUAUUUUAUAUGCUACUUUUAUUGGUGCAAGUCAGAGGGCCAACAACAUUAUAGAGUUUGACCAUCAUGAUUCCCAGGUCGACGGAGGAAUAGCUCUCAUCAUGGAUUUGAGAUUGGCAGCACAUGGAUUGACUGUGAUUUCUGCAACCCGAGUCUAUUUUUUGUCGCCAGUAUGGCACAGGUCUAGAGAAGCUCAAGCAAUAAAGAGAGCACACAGAAUCGGACAAACACAAGAGGUUUACGUCGAAACAUUGGUUUUGCGAGGUACUCUCGAGGAGGAAAUUUAUAAGCGGCGAACCGGACAUGAAGAUGAAAGCUUUGAUGGUCAACCUUCCAAGCAUGAAGUGAUUGAUGACGCAGGUAUGCAGCGAUUUAUCUUGAAGCAUGAGUUUCUUCCAACUGAUAUUCACGAAGAGGAGCACUCAUCAUUCUCGAUCCCGGCGCAUGAAGACGUUGAUAAUCAGGAUUUCAAUGAGCACUUGGAUGAAGAGUCUUCUCUUCAGUCACACACCAUGACCAAACAGGACUAUGGCGGUAUACCCUAUCAUGACUGGACAAUGCGGCUCUUUACUCAAGAAAACCUAGACAAGCUCAACAGCAUGAAACAACAGAAACCAACCAAAGCAGAGUCAAAUAGAGACUUGCUCAGUAUAGGCAACACGCCCAAACGAGUUCAACAACAAAAGAAGGAGGGGAUUGUCAAACGCAGGCGUGUGCAAUUUAGAUAG